AUGGAUUUACAGUCUCCGUCUGUCCUGGCGCAAUUGCCUCGCCCCCUUCAUGCCUCCACCGGCCAAACACACAUCGGUGAUGUCUUCAGUCUCGCCGAUGCGAAAAAACGCAAACGCUACGAAGUUGCAGUCGCAGUGGAUGGAGAGUCUGUGAACAUUUACAACGUUCAAACUCCAAAGCUCGUGACUUCCUACGCUGUACCGCCGCAAUCUACUUUCUCUUGCCGCCCAUGCUCGGUCCGCAGAAAAUUGUCGAAGAAAUCGGCUGUCCGCAGACAAACAUAUACUGCCGUCACCAAGCCAGAGCAUCAGAUCAAAUGCUUUGUGGAGGAAAUUGGCAGCAACGGCUCAAGUGCUCCGGCCAUUUCUUCAUCAACGACAACCGUGACCGACUCAGCUAGUCCUACCACCUUUGUUGGAAUCGUCCCCUCCAGUGCCGACGGUGAAGGAGAUGUGGACCCGUUCGAUAUUUUGGCUGUUCAUGAGGAUGGUCGUGUGCGCAGGCUGUCCUCGGACCUGAAAACUCAACGGUGGAGCAUUCAACACAGUGAAAUUGCCAAGGUUUGCUCCACUCACAAUGUCCAAUCCAGCUUUUUGGUUGAAUUUGAUGAUGCCAAGAAGGCUCUGUUCAAAAGGCGACAGGACCUGGCAUCCUUAGCUCUUGGCGAUAUAACCACCGCUGGGGUCAAUGAGCCAUCCAUCUUGCUUUUGGUAUCGCAGCCAAAGAACACCGAUCGAGUGCCUCUGAAAGACAUUAUUGUCCAAAUGUUCUCCGUUCCUGCCGAUGCGAAGUCAGAGUCUCGCUUGGACGAAAGCCAGCGUCUUCGCCAUCUCCAAACUUUCCACAUCCCCGACGUGAACGGUUUAGAAACUACCAACGGCAAUGCUACGCAAUGGAGUUUCCAUUCGGGCUCAGCAGGAUUAAAUCUUUCUUUCGAGAAGGGAUUCAUCAACGUCGAUCUCUCUCAGUACUCCCCCUCUGUGACCUCGCAGUUCGUCCUUGAUGACGAGAACUUUACCUCAGUUAUGCGCAUUUCUCCACAAUCCAUCAUUGGUGCACAGCAAUCACUUGUAGCUGUUUAUGAUACCCAGUAUCAUUCUGUGCAACGCAGCAUUCCAGCCCACGACCUUUUGUCAAGCACUGGGUCAAACGCAGAGACUCCCACAAACUUCAUCAGCUACUUCGCCAAGCUUGGAAUUGCAGUGGCGACCAAGGGAAACACUCUUAUCGCUUUCGAUUUGAGCUCUCUCCCUAGUGCACCUAGCUCAUCUUUGAAGCGUACAAGGGAUAGCCUGCUCAUCGAUGCUAUUGGCCGAGGUAUCGGCUCAUCUUCUGCACAAUGGGACGUUUCUUCCAAAAAGCACCGGUCUGACAACAUGGCAUUCCUUCGACUCACUUCACCAGAGCAAGUUGCCAAAUGGACCCAGCUCACAAACACCGUCGAGAAGGCCACCAAGGCUAAGAAUGUUGACUUGUUCGAUAAUGCUGUAUUGACAUACUUUAGCAUUUCAGAUGCCACAACAACCCUGCCGGUGCGCGGACAGUAUGUCAACCCCGAAGCGACCCUUUUCCUGUUAUCAAAGAUUUUUGUCGUGGAAGAAUAUGUAUCAAAUGAUAUGGUAUCAGCAUCCUCGUCAUCUCAACUUCGAGUUGCCAUGUGGCCUCCGACUACUUGCGACUGGCUCAUUCGCUUGGGACAUCUCUCACUCGAUAACGUUGAGAUUGCCUUACGAAGAGCCUGCAAGCCCCGCAUCUUGCAAUCUUUCCCCACCGGGUCAUUCAUCCAGGCCCUUCUCGACUCCGAUCCGUCUCUCAAGCAGGUGAACCAAGUGCUUGAGGGCCCCACCCUGAUUUCCUCCGACGAACUAGCCUAUGCUCUCAAAGUUUUCUUGAACCAAGCUCGCUCUCACUCUGGUACUCUUGAAGAAACAGCUCGCGCGAUCACCAAUGGUGACCUGGCGACCCCCACACAGGAGCUUACUAGACAACUUGGAGCUGAAACAGCAACUCUCAAGGAUAUCUUCACUGGUCUAAACACCUCCCUACAAAAGAUUCACACUCAACCUAUGUCGGUCAUUGUUCACUCUCUUCGCUCCAACCUCUCGCGCACAGAACUCAUCUCCAUGGUUCAUCAUCUCCGCCUCUCCCUCGCCACCGGUGGUUAUACCUCCCGUUUCACUGAAAAUCCCCCAACACCUAUCACACUCGACCAAAUUACUCCUGCUCUCUCUCUCAAUGUCAUUGUUGAUCUUCUCACUGCCUCUGUGGAUGCCGUCGGUCCCUCCGGCUGGAUAUCUGCCAUCCCGGCAGUAAACGACUUUGAGGACUCCGACUCUGUCACAGCUGCGGCCAGUCGCGAAAUGGAAUUGAUUGCGGAUAUGAAAUCUGAAGUGUCUGCCGCACUUGCAGGAGUGGAGGAGGCAACUUAUCUCAAAGGAGUCUUGUGUGAAUACCUUCGCUUUGCGGAUCAAGUGGACACCACGGAGACUACAUCCGAGGACGCUCUGGCCAAGAUGGAUGCCGAAACAGGCCCAUCUCACCUGGUCCGCCACGAGAAGCUCAAUGGUGCUGACUUGAUGGUCUUCACCCGUCCAGGUGAGGGAGAAGAUGGCUACGAGGGUGAUUCGGGUGGCAAGAUGCUACCACUAUCGCUCAAGGCUGCUUCAAAUGACGUCUCCCGUACCAAAACCAAGAAGUCCACCGGCGAGGUCAAGAACCGCUCCAGCCGUGAGAUUGGAUACUUGCGCCGCAAGGCGGUUGGCAAGUAUUCAUUCGAGAGGCUUAUUGUUUAA